UGCUGGGACGCAGUCGGCCGCUUCUCGUCGUAGCCCGCAGAGCACGAGCCGCCGCCGCGCAGAGCCGCCGCACUCAGGCCCGAGCACACCACACACUCACAACAGCGCGCCCCCUUACGCGACAACCCUCCGCCGCCACUCGGCCCUGUCGAUCGACCCGCUCAGACGACUUUGAAACGUCUCCCCAAUCUUCCUUUACCUGCGUCUCCCACCCUCGUGCCCUGCUCUUACAGACCACUCCUCUGCCAAAAACUUAAUACGAGCGCGAUGGCCGAAAGCACCAAGGCAGGCAACAAGAGCAGUGCCAACUUCAUGCGCCAGUUCAGGGACAAGAAGACUAGGGAGCUCAAGAACCUGACGGCCAGCCAGUUCAUGGACGUCUGGAGCCACUACGACAAGGACGGCAACGGCUUCAUCGAAGGACGAGAGCUGGACAACUUUCUCCGCGAAUUUGUUUCCAGCGUCAGUUUGUCCGAUGUAGGACCAGAGGUCGUUUCAGAGUCCAUGCUGGAAGAGCUCAAGGAGUGCUUCAUGGAAGCGUACGACGACAAUAAGGACGGAAAGAUUGAAAUCCGCGAGCUAGCCCAGCUGCUGCCGCUGGAAGAGAGCUUCCUUUUGCUCUUCCGUUUUGACAACCCGCUCGAGUCAAGCGUGGAAUUCAUGAAGAUCUGGCGCGAAUACGACACCGACGGGAGCGGAUACAUCGAAGCAGACGAGUUGAAAAACUUCCUAAAGGAUUUGCUCCGAGAGGCCAAAAAAGACAGCAUCGAAGAAGACAAGCUGAUUGAGUACACAGACACCCUGCUACAAAUAUUUGACAGCAAUAAAGACGGCAAGCUACAGCUCAGUGAGAUGGCCAAGCUUCUUCCAGUAAAAGAAAACUUUCUCUGUCGUUCGGCCUUUAAGCUAACUGAUGCGACAGCGGGCGCAAGUAAGUUAACAAGGGAGGACAUAGAGCGAGUUUUUGCACUCUACGAUCGGGACAAGAACGGCACGAUCGAAAAUGAAGAACUCAAGGGAUUUCUUAAGGACCUCCUGGAACUCGUCAAAAAAGACUACGACGCGCAAGACCUGGAGGAGUUCCAGGAGGCCAUACUGCGUGGCUGCGACUUCAACAAAGACGGCAAGAUCAGCAAGAAGGAGCUGACCAUGGUGCUUCUGGCGCUGGCCAAGCACUCGGCCGACGAGGAUGGGAAAUAGGCGACGCCUCUUCCGACGCGGCAGAGUCGCCCCCGUUUCCACUUUGCAUCUAUAAUACUUUACAACCAACUCUACCAUAGCUCUAUCUCUCUCUCUUUCUCUCUCUCAACCGCUAUUUUCCUUCUCAUCUUCACUACUCGACCCGAACCUCUCCAUCUAUUUGCCUCAAGCGUGGCGCACCGGCAGACAAGCUCGCGGAGGACUCUGCUCGAGGGGGCGCGCCGGCAGCGAACGGCAUGGGCGCCGCCACGCACUCCUACGACAAGGAAUAAAAAGCGGCUGGAGUGAGGAACGCGACCUGAAAAACUUGGCACUCAAGGUGUGAGCGCGCCAACAGGUCGAAACCGGCUGAUCACGCGCAGCGCGCACGAAGAGCGAGUCUCGCGGCAUCGAGGUUGAGAGAGGAAGUGCCCCGAAGACACAGGACGCCCUUGACGCGCUCUGGCAAAGCCAAGCUCCACCUCCUCACGCUCCUAUUAAGGCGCUAGCAUUAGACGGGCCUCCGAAAAAAAAAAAGAAACCCUGCGUAAUACAACUACUGCCCGAGUUGAAAACGUAAGCACGCCCCUUGCCACACAACACCUCAAAUAACGCCGAGUAACGUGGUCCUCCAGUCAGUUCAUGUCGCUACUUAUAAUCAGUAGGUAUUGUCUUAUCUCCAAAACAUGCACCCACCCAUUCUCAUCCAUUAGAGCGCAUGGGCUUUUUUUUUUUUUCUUUCUUUUUUAGUGUUCGGAGUUUCGCUGAUACUUCCCGAGAGAAACGCAAUACGUCGACCGGCUCCUUGCAGCACCGAAAGAACGGGUGUUGGUAAGCGAGUAUAUGUCAGCGCUAUGCGUUAUCAACGAAAAAGAAAGACGCGUCUUCAACAAUGUAACUAGGAGCAGCAGGCUCGCCGAAAACAAUUUUACGCGCGAACCACUUUUUCUUUUUCUUCCUUUUUUACGUUUAGUGCCAUGCGGCCUCGAAAUAAAGACGCGCCUUGAUGGUUCAGGUCGCUGGAGCUGAGCAGAUGCACUUCGUCACUGCGGCAGUUGCGCGCGUCUUCCGUGCGUCCUGCUCCGAUCGGUCGACCCAGGCUAGCAGCGCAGGCGAUAGGGCUGACGGCCACUACUUAUAAAGCUUAUUCUUCUGAUUGUCUCCUUAUUUGCUGGCUUUCUAGCUUCUACAGGUGAAUUAUCGACCAGUGGGUAUGCAUCACAGUAUUAUAUGUCAGAACCUCUAUACAUGAUCAAUAUUAGUGGCACCUAAUGUUAUAGAGUUUUACUCACCUGAUGUCGUACAGCCUAAGUGAGCAAUUUGAGAGUCAGAAUGGCGUAAUGCAUGCAACAUUUUUUUCACACCACUCAGAAGAUGCGUUAACAACUUAGCCGAUGUGGGAGUUUCGAUGAGGGCUACGACGUCAGCUCGAAUUUACUGUUAACUCUUGUGCACGGGCAUGCGUCGCAUACGAUGAUGCUACGCUGAAUAAAAGAGGGGUCGUGUUUAAAUAUCGAAAGCUCAAAGGUCAUUGUUAAAGAACGUUAGUUGUCACGGUACAUAUACAUUGAACUAAAAAAACAAGUAAAUGAGAAUUUCAUGCCUUCAGGUAAUGCAGGCUAGAAAUAUUGCCGCACUCAAGAUGCGAUGUCACAAUCUGCAACAACCUCAAUAAGAUCUUUCGGCCAAUACUGUUUGUUCGACUUUACGCCCACGAAGGCCUGGGGCACUUGAAUGGCGCCAUCAACUUGCGAUGUAAGUGUCAGGCCACUCGGUAGACGUAAUGCACGUGUACGACAUUCUCUCAUAUCAUUUUACUCCGAAGAUGAAAAGUUGUUGCGCACGAGUUUUUUCGCCGUGAAGUAUUUGUGCAUAAGUGCUGUUUCGUUGCCAAGCUACGCGUCAUGCGCAUAUGGUUAAAGAUGGUUUUCCUUGCGAACUUCAAUGUCAUCUGUGCUUUCCAUGAAAUGUUUCCUUUUGUCUGAUGUGUCUCGCUGUUCAGUAUACCUUUCGGUGUAUACAAAGUUACUGCUUUAGCUACAAGAAAAUGUAGCUGCCACGCUGUUUAAAUACCAAACGUUGUUGACCUUAAGAUGUGUCUAACCAGAUGUAUACGCUCCUUUUCGGAAGACACCAAACUGACCAGAAUAAAGAUGAACUUAUGCCCGUU